AUGGAAUUAAACUGUGGUAGUGAAGUAUUUCCUACUACUGAUUCUCAAAGUAAUUCACUAGUAGGCUUUAUAGAUAGAAAUACUUAUGUAUACUUUGAUAUUGCUAUUGGUGGAACUCCAGCAGGAAGAAUUAUUUUUGAGCUAUUUUUCGAUAUAACUCCAAUAACAGCUGAGAACUUCAGGGCUCUAUGCACUGGAGAAAGAGGUAUUGGAGAAUCUGGUAUAAAUCUUCAUUAUAAAGGUAAUAAGUUUCAUAGAAUUAUCCCUGAAUUUAUGUGUCAAGGGGGUGAUAUUACAGCAGGAGAUGGAACAGGUGGUGAAUCUAUUUAUGGUAAACCAUUUGAAGACGAGAACUUCACCUUGAAACACAAUUCUGCUGGUUUAUUAUCCAUGGCAAAUACUGGUCCAAAUACGAAUUUAUCACAAUUCUUUAUUACUACAAUUCCAUGUCCAUGGUUAGAUGGGAAACAUGUAGUAUUUGGAAAAGUUGUAAGUGGUAUUGAUGUAAUAGCUAGUAUGGAAAGGUUUGGUUCAAGUAGUGGUAAAACAAGCGUAGCUAUAGUUAUUUCUGACUGUGGAGAAGUCUAG